AUGUCGUUGAUUUCUAAUAGAAAAAGACCAAGAGGGUUCAGUGAAGCAUUUGAUACGACAUCAGGCAAUACGACUACAAAUAAAGCAAAGCCAUCCAACGGCUAUUUCGAUACUAAUUCGUCGUCGUCGGGGUCAACAUAUAACGACAUAUCACCCAGCUCGAGUAAUAAUCUUAAUUUGAAUAUGAAUAUCAACUUGAAUGAGUCAGAUACAACUAUAAAUACGAAUGAUUCAAAUACUAAAAAGGUUAAUUUUGGAAUGGAUAGUUACAACAAGGAUCAUGCGGUGAUAGAAGAUUUGGAAUCGGAAUGUGACGAAGAUGAUGAUGUCAUUAUUCUAGAGGAAAGACAAAUCAAUCGCACCAAGUCGAAGAGGAACAAUUCUGAUUCGGUGUUGACAUAUACGGAUGCAUUUGCGGCAUAUAAUAUGUUCAAUGUGAACAAUGUUGAGGAUUUUGAGAUUCAUCAAGAUAGCUUUCCGAUGUCGAAUACAACUAAGAAGCAAAGAACCAAUUCGUUGCCUCAAUUACCGCAAGUGAAAUGUUUCUAUAACAAGCCAAUAAACUAUGUUCUACAGUAUCCUAAAUUAGGAAAUAUCAGAACGGAUAUCAUUCCUCACCAAAUGAACUUACCUCCUUGCGAUGAUAAAGAUGGUCAUUAUAUUAUCAAGAUUAAUGAUCUCUUUGCCAAUAGAUUUGUAAUACUAAAAUUAUUGGGUCAAGGUACCUUUGGAAAAGUCGUUGAAUGUUACGAUAAGGUUAACCGCGAAACGGUUGCCAUCAAAAUAAUAAGAAACAUACCCAAGUACAGAGAUGCAGCUAAGAUUGAAUUGAGAAUUUUGUCUACGUUGAAAAAAUUUGACAACCAAAAUGACAAUCACUGUAUUCACCUUCGUGAAUGUUUUGAUUUUAGGGGACAUAUUUGCAUUGUAACGGAUUUGUUGCAAAUUUCGUUGUACGAUUUCUUGGAAAAGAAUAGAUAUAUUGCAUUUCCUGGAUCACAUAUUCAAGCCAUUUCAAAGCAGCUUAUCAGGUCUGUCACCUUUUUGCAUGACUUGAGCUUAAUUCACACUGAUUUGAAACCGGAGAAUAUAUUAUUACAUGAUGAUUCAUUUAAUAAAAAGUUGUUGCGGAGUAACACUAUUAUCUCAAGUUACAUAAGUUUAACAAAAUUGAAUGAAACAUCGAGUAAGAAAGUUCCCAAGUAUUCAAAGAUUUUGAAAAACCCGUUAAUACAAAUAAUUGAUUUUGGGAGUGCUAUAUUUGAUGAUGAGUAUCAUUCUUCUAUUGUAUCAACGAGGCAUUAUAGAGCCCCAGAAAUUGUGUUAGGUGUUGGAUGGUCGUUUCCCUGUGAUAUGUGGUCUGUGGGAUGUAUUUUAGUUGAAUUAGUAAUAGGUGAGCCUUUGUUCAAGACACACGAUAAUCUAGAACAUUUGGCAAUGAUUGAAAAAGUGUGUGGCCAUAAAAUAGAUAAAUCUAUGGUAUUGUUGUCAAAAGCCAAAGAAAAUGAGUGUGGAUUACAGUAUUUUACGGACGAGUAUAACGGAUUCAGCGACGAAGAAAGCGAACAAGACGACGAUGUAAUAAUAGAUGAUGAAUUGACUAGGGGAAAUAGUUUAUCGUUAAUAUUUCCUACAGAAUCAACUCCACAAAAAUUUAUUAAUAGCGUCAAUUUGUUAGCAAGGAUCGACUUAUUUAUCAGUUCGAGGAUUGGUCUCAAUAUUAACCUUGACUAUUCAUUAUCGAAGAAUUUCGAUAAGAACAAGCAUUUGAUUAAUUUUGGAAAUUUCACUUUUUGGUGGUUUUUCAUCGAUUUGCUUAAGAAUCUUUUGGUUAUUAACCCCGACGAGAGACUAACGGCGUUGGAGGCAUUAGAUCAUCCAUGGUUCAACCUCGGCAUCGAAGAUGAAGGGACCGUCGGUUGA